GCUGGAGAUGCGUGACCUUCGGUCUGCGGCAGGCGGAAGGGCGAGAGACUUGGACAGGAGGUGCAUCUUGCCCGGGGAAGGCUGAACGAAUGAGAGCUCGAUCCCUGAAAUUGUUCCGACGGCUGGUGUUCUGCAAGAUGGAGCCAGGAGGAGAGCCCGCAGGUGCUAAAGACAGCAGUACCCUGAUGGAGUCCCUUGCAGCUGUGAAGGCUGCUUUCCUGGCGCAGGCCCCGAGUGGCAGCCGGUCAGCCGAGGUGCAGGCAGCUCAGAGCACGGAGCCUGCCUCAGAGGCAGGCGCUCCCGAGGGAGAGGGCCACAGAGGGGGGCCUCCCCGGGUGCUGGGGUCUCUUGGCCUUUGUGAAAACGAGGAAGCCAGAGAGAGGCCCGGAGGUUCCCCUCGAGGCCCGGUCAUUUCUGAGAAAACUGGAGGACAGAGUGGCCGCGAGUCAGACGUCCCUCCGAACGCAGGCCCCGGGGCGGAGGGCGGGGGCAGCUGGAAGGGGCGGCCUUUCCCGUGCAGCGCCUGUGGCCGCAGCUUCAAGUGCUCCUCGGACGCGGCAAAGCACCGGAGCAUCCACUCGGGGGAGAAACCGUACGAGUGCAGCGACUGCGGGAAGGCCUUCAUCCACAGCUCGCACGUGGUCCGGCACCAGCGGGCGCACAGCGGGGACAGGCCCUACGCGUGCGCCGAGUGCGGCAAGGCCUUCAGCCAGAGCUUCAACCUCCUCCGGCACCAGCGCGUGCACACGGGCGAGAAGCCCUACGCGUGCGCCGACUGCGGCAAGGCCUUCGGCCAGAGGUCGGACGCCGCCAAGCACCGCCGCACCCACACCGGGGAGAGGCUGUACGCGUGCGGCGAGUGCGGGAAGCGCUUCCUGCACAGCUCCAACGUGGUCCGGCACCGGCGGACCCACCACGGGGAGAACCCGUACGAGUGCCGGGAGUGCGGCCAGGCCUUCAGCCAGAGCUCCAACCUCCUCCAGCACCAGCGUGUGCACACGGGGGAGCGGCCCUUCGCCUGCCAGGACUGCGGCCGCGCCUUCAGCCGCAGCUCCUUCCUCCGCGAGCACCGCCGCAUCCACACCGGGGAGAAGCCCCACCAGUGCGGCCACUGCGGGCGCGCGUUCCGGGCGCUGUCGGGCUUCUUCCGGCACCAGCGGCUCCACACGGGCGAGAAGCCGUUCCGCUGCACCGAGUGCGGCCGCGCCUUCCGCCUGAGCUUCCACCUCAUCCAGCACCGGCGGGUGCAUGGCGUCGAGUGAGCCGGGGCUGCGGCGGAGGAGAUGCCGGCGGCCUGGUGGGAGCGAGGCCGAGGCCGGGAGAGGCUCCUGUCCGCCCCGCGCGCGGUGAGGAAGUAACAGCCGGCCGCGCGCCUGGUUCUCGGGCUGCGAAAGCCUCGCCAGGCCUGCAUCCGCCUUGGCUCGGGAGCAGUCAGGAGAGACAGGGCUCGGGGAAGGCGAGCGCUGCCCGCGGGAGGCGAUUCCCUGAGGCGGGGAGGUCUCGGGUCUGUCCCGGGCCAGCCGCCCGCUGCUGAGACGCCCCGCCUCCCACGGUCAGCUGCAGCGACGAUCUCAUUUCCUGCCGGGGGGCAGUGGCCGGUGAUUGAAUCGGUCAGUCCUCUGCAACCAGGCCUCCAUCAAAACCCUGCAUGAGGUGAGGGCCUCGAGCUUCGGGUUGGUGAAGGCGGGGUGGGGGGGCAGUUAGGAAGGGGGCGCCCAGAGAGGGCAUGGAAGCCUCGCGUCCUCCCCCGUUCCUUGCCGGUCAGUGGUUCAUCCUGUAUUUCAACGCCUUUUCACAGCCGGUUCAUAUGGUCCCGACUUCUGUGUGCUUAGAAAAUUAUGGAAUCUGGCCUGGCGCGGUGGCUUCCGCCUGUAAUCCCAGCACUUUGGGAGGCAGAGGCGGGCGGAUCACACGCUCGAGACAUCAAGACCAUCCUGGCCAACAUGGUGAAACCCCGUCUCUACUAAAAAUACAAAAAUUAGCUGGGCAUGGUGCUGUGAGCCUGUAGUCUCAGCUAUUCAGGAGCCUGGGGCAGGAGAAUCACUUGAACUCGGGAGGCGGAGGUUGCAGUGAGCGGAGAUCCGGCCACUGUACUUUAGCCUGAGCGACAGAGUGAGACUGACCCCUUACCCUGUGGGUUCUGCACUAGCUCCGGGCAAUUGGUGUCAGAAUCAAGUUAAAUUGUAGGGCAUCUCGGUGGUGUCUUGAGAGUUGGAGAGCUGGUUGGUGUGGAGGGAAAGGCUCACACACACGUGAUUUCAGAAGCCUUCUUUGGGUAGAGGAAUCGUUUUCUCUUUGAGACUUACGAGUAUGUACAAAUGUUAUUUCCUGUAAAAUAUUUUCAUUUUUUAAAAUGUUAUUUUCUAGAUAGAAAAGUAGAAGUGUCUCUUUGGGGUCCGUUUUUGGGGGCAUAUGGUAAAGCUCUGUCAUCAUGAAUUAAGCGAGGUGGGCUUUGAGUUUCUUGGGAUGACAGAGGGAAAUGUGGGCCGCCCACUGGCCGUGAGCCCUGGGGCGCGGUUGCAGGAUUCGCCCAUCCUGGUCUGGGCGUGGCUUGUGACCACCUCCUGCAGUUCUCUGCCCAGGUAAGGACUGACUGGGAAGAAUUCUGGGUCCUGAGCUGGCUGCCGCUUCCAAGACAGUCGCUUUGAGGGCUCUUGGCACCGAUUUCGUUAAAAUGCAUGAGCUUAGGGUUGUGCAGCCUGUGGGGCAGGGGUGCUCUCAGAAUGGAUUUGGUGGCCCCACAGUUAAUUGAGCUCCUGACUCCUGGGCCCGUGGUGAGGUGGGAAGAUGAGCUUGUGUCUCCCAUGCUGCGCCAAGAUCCUCAGGUCAGCUGAAGGUGACCUUCCAGGUACCAGUAGCAGUCAAAGCACCUGCUGCCUGAAGGAAGCUUACAUGGCUUAGCCUCAUCCCUGCUCGUAAGUCAGGCAUUCAGCUUGCAAAGAUCCCCAAGCACACAAUGAGAGUCAGUUGACUGAGGGCCAACAGAAACAGCAGGCAGCCGCUGUCAGCCACAAAGAAAUGCAGAUCCUGAAACUGUCAUCAUACAGGUGAGAAGACAGUUAUGUGUGAGGUGUUCAAAGACGUCGCGCAGUCACAGUGAUGAGAAAGCUGUAGGAUACAUACUGUCACGCGUGAAUAGGCAGGACUUCUUAAAGAACUUUUGGAAAUGAAAAACAGGCCAGGCGCAGUGGUUCAUGCCUAUAAUCCCAACACUUUGGGAGGCCUAGGAGGGAGGAUCACUUGAGCCCAGGAGUUCAAGACCAGCCUAGGCAACAUAGGGCUGGGCACGGUGGCUCACGUCUGUAAUUCCAGCACUUUGGGAGGCAGAAGCAGUGGAUCACCUGAGGUCAGGAGUUUGAGACCAUCCUGGCCAACAUGGCAAAACCCCAUUUCUACUAAAAAUACAAAAUUUAGCUGGGCAUGGUGGCCCACACCUGCAAUCCCAGCUACUCGGGCAGCUGAGGCAGGAGAAUCCCUUGAACCUGGGAGGCAGAAGAUGCAGUGAGCCGAGAUCACGCCAUUGCACAACAGCCUGGGCAAAAAGAGCAAAACUCCGUCUUAAAAAAAAAAAAAGGAAAAUGAUCUGAGUGAUGGUCUUAGAUACAAAAUGGAAUGGCAAGCAAAUAAAAUUAUAAAUAUGAAUAUAUACGUAUGUAUAAAAGAAUAGUGUCAACUAAAAUACUAGACAACAAUAGCUUGUAAAUUAGAAGGGACAGAAAUGUUCUAAGACCCUCCGGUUGUUGGGAAGCGGGUGUAAGACAGUGUUUAAUUUGACUUUGAUAAGUUAAAUGUGCAUAGUGUAAUUUAAUGUUAAUUACUAAAAGAGUGUAACCAGUCUAUACAUCUCUAAUCCAAUAAAAAGAAUAAAACGCUGUGAUUUAAAA